UGUAACGGAAUCAUGGGAACGCAUGCAGUUUAUUAGGCUACGGAUUAAAUAAAUUACAGUAUGAUGAAAUUCACAGUUCAUCACUUGAAAGUGCACAGUGAUGAGGUUGAUGCUCCUUUCAAUAAAUAUGGAGGGUCUUAUUCUGGUGACAUGAUCAUCGACGCCAUUUGACAAAGAAAAAUAAUAUCGUCACUGUUGUCCAUUAUAAUCUCAUCAUGUAGUAGGCUAUACCUGCAUUGUAUCUGCAAACGGAUGGCUAGAGCGCAAAUGCAUACGAGAGUCAGCACAUUUGCGACACUUUUUUGUGACAAAACCAUCAGUAGGCCUAGAGUUGAAAAUGCGAUGGAAACUCAUUUAACUUGUAUUUUUUAUUUGAGGAAUUUCACCUCUUAAAUAAUUUUAUGUGCACUACGUAUUGACACACAGACUUGUAUCGGCAACAAGUGAAUUUGAUGGAAACACAACUCUGAUAGGAAAAUGCGCCACGGUUUCCCUUAGCCGGUAAUUGCGGUUUUUGACUAAAAUGAGAAGAAUGUUGGCAAGGCCAUAUGCAGGCUACUGUGCAACUCCCUAUUCAGGUGAGACCAUGGUCAUCCGUGAGCCUACCAGGGCCAAAUUGGACAUCACACAGCAGUCAUCAACAUCUGACAUCUGUUCAGACUGCAGCCAGAUCAUUGAGCUAUUCACAGACAUGAUCUCCAACACAGACACCCAGGAGCUGAUCAACAGCACCCUGGAUGACCUGUGUCAGCGCCUCCCCGGAGGUGUGGCUCAAAGCCACUGUGUAUCCCAGGUUCAGAUGUACCUGCCCCAAGCCCUCCAGUACCUCAUUGGCAUACUGAAGCCAGGUGAGACAUGUAUGGUAUUGGGACUGUGUGCUGUCCACUCAAAGAGGGGAGCACCUAAACAGCUUUCUCCUACCAUCACUGACAUGGACCUGUCCAACGCUGUCCUUGACUCAGGCACCAACCCAGAGGUGCAGGUCAGCCCACAAUGUACCUUCUGUGUUUAUCUCAUGAAGAAACUGGAGAGCGUUUUGCCUACGGAUAAGAUUGAGGAUGCCAUAGUGAAGCUAAUGGGAGGUGUGUGUGGCCUUCUGCCUGCCAGCUACAAGGACCAGUGCAAUGACUUCAUCAACAAGUAUGGCAAGAAGAUAGUUAACUUCCUGCUGCCGUCAGCCGCCCCUUACUCCAUCUGUGCCCUGCUGCACCUGUUCCAGGAGACCCCCAGCAUGGAGAUGCUCCUAUCCUCUGACUGUGAUUCCUGCCGUACGAUGGCGGUUCUGAGCCGGUUCCACCUGGGUCUCAACGCCACUGAAUCUCAGACCUCCUCUUUCCUCCAGUCUGUCUGCCUGAAGCACCCCAACACCAUCCCCAAGUGUGAAAUGUUCACCAAACUCUAUGGCCCCAGGCUGCAGAAGGUUCUGGGAAGCCAAAUGGAUGCAUGUGAGAGAGCUGAUGUGUGUGUUGUUGUGAAAGAGCAGCAUCUUCUGAGGAAGAACCACUGUACCUGGGGACCCAUUUACAUCUGCAGGGAUGUGAAAACCUCUCACGAGUGUGGCGUAAGUAAACUAGAUCUGCCAUGGUUUACUAUCUGAUACAACAACCCAAACUACAGAUGGUAGACUUCUGCCAGAAGGUCAUGAGGAACUAGAGCUGAAAACCACACCCAGAGAUCUCCCUUCAUGGAUGAAGCUAUGAUGAAUUAUCUGCAUUUAUUAACUGCUAAGUGUGUUUAAGAAUGUAACUUGUUAAUGACUGCACUGUUGCCUUAAUUUUUCUGUACAUUUAAUUUAACAGGUAUUAUAUUGCACUGUUGAGCAAUUUGAGAAAAAUGUCUGUAUAUUUCCUUCAUUAGAUUUGUACUUGUGUUAGGCUAAUCAUGUAGCACUGAGAUGAUUUGAUGGUGUCAGGUUUGAUUUUCACUGUGUGGGCCAUUACGAGUACAGUAAGUAAUUCAUUCAAACAUACUGUAAAUGAUUGAGUUAAAAUAAUUGUGGACCUUUUAAGCAGAUAUAUCCACAAGUAUAAUACCUCAUUUACAUUAGAAAUUAAUUGUUACUUUUCCCUGUUAUCUGCAAUAAAGUUAUUCAUAUAAAAUCAGUCAUAAUCAGGGCAAACAAAUAUGGUACAGUAAAUAAAGUGGUGAAGUGUCUUGAGUGUAUUUGAGUGAACAUAUACCUCCUUUUGAUGGAGAAAUCCUUUAAACCAGUAAUAUGUCAAUGCAUUGCCUUUGUAUAUUAAACUAUGUUUAGGUUCCAUUUUUAUGAUCUAAGUAAUAUUCAUGUGUGAGUCCGAAGUAUUUGUGUAUACAUGAGUAUAUUUAUCCUAUAAUGUACUGCUUAUAAUAUGAACAUCUUUUUGUAACCUUCACUAUUUGGUCAUGUCUUAUUCAAAAUGUUGGAAUUGUAUUUACUUCCUUGUUUCACAAAUAAAGACCCAACUAUGGCUAAGACAAAUCAA